AUGACAGCUCCGCGAAGACGGCCGAGACCGGUACAACGCGGUCUGCCUCGCCCCCAAGGGUUCUCGGUACCCCUCCGUCGUCGCGACCCUCUCUACCAAGGCCUUCCAGUUCACUCGAUGCUCGAGGUAUGUCUAAGCCUCGAUUUUCAUUUACCCCCCAGUUCCCUGUUGGUCGCUAUACGCGGAUACUGCGAGCUUCUCCGGUUCCGUUCGUGGCGUAUACCCCGUAUUGGUCGUAUCCAAUCGAGCCCCCGUUCAACAGCUCAUGCAUCGGCAGCGAACAACCGGAGCCAAGCCUCGACUACACCACAAUCCACUCGAAGCCCCGUGACAAAAAGCCCGGCCAGGCUAUCCCGCAAUAGCACAAGUACCGUUCUUCUAGACAUAGUCAGGGGCAAGGACAGAGAUGCCGAGGGCAAGGAUGUGGGCGAGACCGGCAACACCACGAGUGCAACUGCGGGCACCACCAACGGCACCACCAGCAGCGUGGACAUUGCUCGACAACACCCGGCCUCGGGAACGGCACAUACGCCUAGCUCCAACUCGGCCAUCGAUCCCUUGUCGCAGCACAUUUUCAUGCGGAAGAACACCGAACCGUCGAUCCCCCAGCGACUGACCCAGAUGGCCGAGGGGCUCACCCGUGCCAGCUCCGAAUUCUCGAGGAAUGCGAUCCCGGCAGGGGAGUUACCCAAGGACAAAAGUGGCAAGAAAGGGAGCUCGUUCCUGAGCAGACUCAACAUCCGCGGCGGGCGCAAGAAGGACCUCGGGGACCCAGACUCCGACUCGGAGCUCGGCAGCGAGGCGCCCAUGGACGGCAUCAAUGCGCGCGUGUUCAGCCAGACGCUGGGCAGCCCCCUGAUCGGCGGCGGCUAUGUGCCCCGCCACAAGGGGCCGCCGCGGUACAUCCGGACCCGGCCGAGCAACAAGCGCACCCGCGAGUUCAACCACAUGUUUCUGGCCCAGGAAUUGGUCGGGACCCGGCCGCCCGAGGGCGGCGAGGAGGUGGCUGCCGAGACCGGGAAGGCGCCGACGGUGUCCAUCAGCGUAGCCGGCGUGAACGAUCGGAAGACGAUGAGGACUGGAGGCGCCAUCUGGGCAACCGAAUUCAGCAAGGACGGCCGAUUCCUCGCGACGGCGGGCCGCGACCAUGUGGUGAGGGUUUGGGCUGUUCUCUCGACGCCCGAGGAGCGCCAUGCGUAUGAGGAGGACGAGGCUACCAACGGGGGCGCUGGAGAGAGGCUUAGCGCGCCUGUGUUCAGGGACCAACCGGUCAUGGAAUUUAAGGGACACACUGGCGAAGUGCUCGACCUGAGCUGGAGCAAGAACAACUUUUUGCUGUCGUCCUCCAUGGACAAGACGGUCAGGUUAUGGCACAUGAGCCGCUCUGACUGUCUCUGCGCCUUCAAGCACAAGGACUUUGUGACGCGGCUAGCGUUUCAUCCGCGCGACGACCGCUUCUUCUUGGCUGGUUCGCUCGAUACCAUGCUCCGACUGUGGAGCAUCCCCGACAAGGCGGUGGCGUUUUCGGCUCAGCUGCCAGACCUGGUUACGGCGGUGGCUUUCUCUCCGGACGGGAAGGUGGCCAUUGCGGGCCUGCUAAACGGGCUGUGUAUGUUUUACGAGACGGAGGGGUUGAAGCUAAGCUCACAGGUUCAUGUCCGCUCAUCUCGCGGAAAGAAUGCAAAGGGGAGCAAGAUCACCGGGAUCCAGACCACGACCAUCCCACCGCCGAACCCACUCGAUACCGCCAGCUCGCAACCGCCGGGCUCGGCCGCGGCGUCUGUUGCUUCGACAGACGUGGUUGGCUCUGGCGAGGUUCGGGUGCUUAUCACAUCAAAUGACAGUCGUAUCCGGAUUUACACCCUGCGCGAUAAGUCUCUUGAUGUCAAGCUGAAGGGGCACGAGAACUUGUGUAGCCAGAUCGCAGCGACAUUUUCUGAUGAUGGGAAGCACGUCAUUUGUGGUAGCGAGGACCGGAAGACGUUCAUCUGGAGCUUGUCUGGGAGCGACGCGGCAGGCCUAGAUAAGGACAAGUCGCCAUGCGAAUACUUUGAGGCGCAUGGGGAUAUCGUCACCACGGCCCUUUUUGCGCCUACAAGAACAAGAAUGCUGCUUAGCCAUAGCGGCGACCCGAUCUACGAUCUGUGCAAUCCGCCGCCGGUGGUGCUCCAGAGUCUAGAGGAAGCUGCCAGUGCUGCCGCCAGCCAGGUUGCCCUCACCAAUGACUCACAGCCGAUCACACUCACAGAAACAACUUCCAAACGACCCGAGCUCAGCCCCGCAUACAUCGCACGGUCAACGCACUACGACGGCCACAUCAUCGUCACCACAGGCGACACGGGGAUCAUUAAAGUCUUCCGGCAGGACUGCGCUUUCGCUAAGCGGCGCCACGAGAGCUGGGAGACGGGCAGCACCUUCAGCCGCAAGCUCAACGCCGGCAGCGGCUACGUCGGCGGCGGGCUCGGCCGGAGCGGAAGCGUCCGAACACGAACCAGCGCCGGCAGCACCGCACACAGCCGGCGUGGCUCCCUCAGCCAGCCCCUCCCCCCCAACACCAUCCCCAACGCCGCCCAACUCCACGCCGCAGGCAUCCACUCGGAUCGCAUCCUCAGCUGGCGACAAGGCAUCGAAGGCGACGCCGACCACAACACCAACCGACGAUCCGCGCUCCUCGCCAACGGCGGCGGCACCAGCACGCCCGCGCGCAGCGAGCGCUCGCUCAGCCCCACCAAAGCCAGCCGCACCUCCCUCAACUCGGCCUACAACCUCGCCAGCGAGGCGCGCAAGCAGCCCUACGCCGGCGCGUCGCGCAACCGCGCCAGCAGCGCCCUGACCAGCCCCGCCGCCAGCGUUUUCAGCAGCCCCUCCGCCGCCGAGCGCAUCCCCUCGCGUCUGGCCAAGGAGCAUCGCCCGACGUCGGAUAAAAAACAGCGGGAGGAGGAGGAGGAGCGGACAGUGCCCCCGCAGCCGGGGUUUACCCUGCACUCGGCUUCGGCUUCGGCUUCGGCUUCGGCGGCGGCGGCGGCGGCUGAGGGGCAGAACCACCCCCCGUCGGAGCAGCAGGUGCCUGUUGGUGGUAGCGGUGGUGGGAGUGGAAGUGGGAACUCGUCGUUUUGGAAUUUGGGGCGGUGGCGGUUUAAAGGGGGCACGUCGUCGGGUGGUGUGGGGGGGUUGGGGAAUGCUGCGAGGAGGAAGAGUAGUGGUGGUGGUGGAGGAGGGGCCAGUGCAGGAGGGGGUGGUGGUGGUGGUGGGGGGGGUCGGCCGUCGUUGUCGAAGUCGAGGCCUCAGGCGGAGGGAGAGGGUGAAGUUGAGGUCGGUGGCGGGGAGGCGGUGGGGGGUGUAGUGGAUGGUAAGAGGGCGGAUGGGAAGGGGGACGGGGGUGGACCGCCGCAUGGGGAGGCUCAGUUGCACGAGGGCGAUGACUCAGAUUCGCCGUCGGUGCCGGUUAACAGUGGCGCGGAGAAGACCCAACCACAACGGCAGCGGCGGCCGCAGGGGAAAGUGGAGAAGAGCGGCGAGGGAGUGUCGUUUCAGGGGCAUUCCCAUGCUAGACGGCUGAGCUCCAUGUGA